AUGGCAGACAACACAUCAUCUGUACAAAGUCCCGCAGCAUCGUCACCAGAAAUAGGAUCUGCCGCUGUUGAUAAGAGUAUCAUUGUAUUUGAUAUCAAACCGUGGGAUCUUGAAACGGAUAUGCAAGAGUUAGAGAAAAAUAUUCGUUCAAUCGAAACCGAUGGACUCAUCUGGGGUGCCUCUCAACUAGUUCCAGUUGCAUAUGGUGUUCAGAAGCUACAAAUUAGUUGUGUUAUCGAAGAUGAUAAAGUUGGCGUAGAUUUUCUUGAAGAACAUAUCAUGGAAUUUGAGAAUGAUGUACAAUCGGUUGAUAUUGUUUCUUUUCAAAAAAUUUAA